UUGGUGACGUGCGGCGCAUGCGCUGUGGGCGAGAGACGCGAGGUGGGAAAAUUCAUUCUCCAGUGUCUGUGCGAACCUACAACAUAAACAUGAUUUUCAGAAACAGCUUGUAAGUUUACGGCGCAUAAAACCGGACAGAUACGCUCCUCAGUUCCCCAUUCAUCACCCGUACCUGUUUGUGCAGCAUGAAGAUUGCAGUAGAAGGCUGUUGCCAUGGGGAGCUGGACAAGAUCUACGAGACCAUCAGCUAUCUGGAGAAAAAGGAGGGGGUGAAGGUGGACCUGCUUCUGUGCUGUGGAGACUUCCAAGCAGUGCGGAAUGAAGGAGACAUGAAGUGCAUGGCAGUACCAGCCAAGUACAGGAUGAUGCAGACCUUUUACAAAUACUAUUCUGGAGAGAAGAAAGCACCAGUCCUCACCAUCUUCAUUGGAGGGAACCACGAGGCUUCCAACCACCUGCAGGAGCUUCCUUAUGGAGGCUGGGUGGCACCGAACAUUUAUUAUCUGGGUUAUGCCGGUGUUAUUCGCUACAAAGGGAUUAGAAUUGGUGGCUUAUCUGGAAUAUUCAAAUCACGUGACUAUAGAAAAGGUCACCAUGAAUUCCCUCCAUACAACCCUGACACUCUCCGAAGUGUAUAUCACAUCCGAAAUAUUGAGGUGUUCAAAUUAAAACAGAUCCAGAUGCCCAUAGACAUUUUCAUGAGCCAUGACUGGCCUCGUGGAAUCUACUACUAUGGAAGUACAGGGGAACUGCUGCGAAAGAAGAAGUUUCUGCGUCAGGAGGUGGAGUCAAACACCCUGGGAAGUCCUGCUGCUGAGGAGCUCCUGGCUCAUCUCCAGCCCAGCUACUGGUUCUCUGCACAUCUUCAUGUGAAAUUUGCUGCCAUUAUGCAGCAUCCGCCUAAAGGUAAUGCUGCCCCACGUGUAACCAAAUUCCUGUCUCUGGAUAAAUGUUUGCCCUAUAGGGAAUUCUUACAGAUUGUGGAUGUUCCAGAGAGACUGGGUUCAUCUGAGGGUCUGGAGUAUGAUCCAGAGUGGCUUGCUAUUCUGAAGGCCACAAACAGUCUACAGAGGACAACCCCUCACCCCUGGAACCCCCCAGAGAAUAAUGGCCUGCACGAACGGUGGGACUUCAGAGCUUCAGAAGCAGCUAUGAUGCAGGUGGUGGAGGACCUCAGCGGUGAACUUGCCAUUCCAGACAACUUUAGCCGGACUGUGCCACCCUUUGACCCCAACAAGCCCCAGCCCCAUGCCGCCCCCAGCUACAACACCAACCCUCAGACAACUGAGCUCUGUGCCACAUUAGGUCUGACAGACAUCUAUGCCCAGGCUGGGCAGGGAGGUGACGAGCUGGGGAGAGUUCAGGGCAGCACUGGAGGGGAGGAGGAUGAUGAUGAAGAUGGGAAUAGUGUGGGAAGUGUGGAUGAGCCCAGCGAGUAUCCAACUGACACGUCAGGACUGUCGAGUUCGUUUAAUCCUGAUGAGAUCACUAUAGAGGAUGAGUGGGAGGAAGAGGAAGAGGAGGGAAAAGAAGAAGAGUCAAAAGCAGCAGUGACAGGAGAUAAGCUCCCCGUAGGCGAAAUCCACACCCCCAGCCGUAUGGUUCUUCCAGAGCCCAAAUCUGAUGUCUCACCCACUCACCUGCCCCACCUAAUGAACCUGCCACCUCCAUGCCACUCCACCCCAGCAGCAGCAGCAGUGCCCUCUCUCUCUGGAGCAGAAAGGGAGGGACUUUGUGAGGGCGGGGACGAGGAUGCCUCAGCCACACGCAUCUUAAAACGUACCAGCGAUGAGACCGGGGAUCCUGGCAGCAGAGGCACGACUCCCAGAAUCAAACGCAGGAACCAGGUUAUCUACACAACAGUGGAGGAUGAAGAGUGUGAGGAUUAGUGGUCAGGGUGAGAUAAGGCAAAUGGUGAGGACUCAUUCCAUGCCAUUUGUCACAGGGUGUACAAGUCUCAAUUAGUUUAUAUUGAUUUGUAAAACUUGCCAUUAAUUUAUGCUUUUUUAUAUCGCUUCCAACAUGAGCUGUACAAGGUAGAGUCUGUACAUGACAAAGGAGUGUUAGUUUCUCAAUUCAGUUUCUACAGAAAGGUAAUUACAGCCAUGAGAAUUUUUCUUUGUUAAAAUGUGGUCACCUUUUUUAUAUAUUUUAAUCAAACCAAGAAAAUUUUAGAGAACAGAUUUUUGAGUUCUGUUAAUUUUUUUUUUUUUUUACAUGUCACUUCAAGACAAUAGCGCUGAUUAAAGAGGCUGGAAAAUUGAAAUAACCUUUUUUUAAAAAAAUAAUAAAUGCCAUUAUACACCAUUGUACAGCCACUUGGCAAAAACAGGGACUAAUCUUGUCACACUUAUCUGAGGUGAAAGAAAAGUAAUCAGCAUUCUGCACUCAAAGCGCCAUUCACAGCUUUAUUGAACACUAUACAUACUGUGGGUGCUGAUGAAAAAUCAAGUCUUGUUUUAAUGACCUGUCAUCUUAAUUGCACAGAACACUGAACCUACUUGUGAUCACUGAAGAAUGAAUAAAUGAAUGCAAUUUAUUUUAUAUAACGA